CAUGGAACCCAGUUACAGGGCUUUGGUAAUUCAGCCCUGUAACUGGGAGUCAUAACAUAAACAAUCCCAGGAGCACCUGGCAGAAGAAGAUAGAAUAUGCCUGGGAACUUGGGGCCGAAAGUAUAAACAAUUAUAAUUGGUUUAGUGUGUGAAAAUGGUAGUAAUGUGAUAUUGGGGGUGGGACUUGAUGAUGAUAUUUACGUGUGGUGUUACGUAGCAUCAAAAGUUAUAAAAAUAGUUGUAUGUAAACAUUGGGUCAUUCCUGACUUUUCCAAAGUCAUGUGUUCUUCAAUAAAGAUUGGAUUUGAGAGCAGCCAUCUCUGAUCUGCGUUCAGACUGAUCCUUUGAAGUGAGCAGGACAAUUAAGUCAGGAAUCCAGUUCUCACCCUCCUGCAAAUUUGCAGUGAAGUGAUAAUGAGCAGGGAAGGAGAUCAAAGCCAUGACGGAGCAAAGGGGCCUCCGCUGGGAGCUCUGCCGUUGGCAGAAGAGACAUUGCAAGCCAUAGCUUCCUCUACGGGGUACCCCAAGCCGGACGGCGUGACCCAGAGGAUUCCCAGAGGGGGAAGAGGCGUUCCGGCGGCGGCAGAAACCAGUUGGGGAUCUGGAGGAAGCAUGCCGGAGACCGUGGCCCUGCGGUUAUCCAUCCUGGAAACUCAUUUAUCCAGGCUGUCGGAUACCGUGGGGAGAAUAGUGCCAAUAUUGGAAGAGAAUCUCCAAAAAGAGCACAUCCGAUAUGGCGCCGAGAGAGAGCCAAGCAAAGGAGGCGAUUGGAGCCAGAGGGGACAGCGAGCUUCAACGCAGAGUCCCGCGGCGGCAAGGGACGAGGGAGACGAGGAAUAUUGGCAGGAGCUGGAGUUCAGAGACAGAAUGGCACGCGAAGUGGAGCGCCAGCGAGCUCUGGGAACUCUGAGGCCGCCAUCUCCAACAGAGCUCCCAACCCCCCGGAUGGGCGUCGGGGUGGAAAGACCACUGGGGCCAGGGAUCGGGUCCAGUGGAUUAGCAGACGAAGGCGGAGAGGAGCAGGAGAUCCAGGAAGAGGAGGAGGAUGUGCAGUACGACGGGGAAAGGCGAGAUGCGGGGGCUACAGCGAGGCCAGUAUGCGGAUGGGGGGAAGGGCCGACAGCGGCGGCAGGAUUUCGGGAGCCGCGCAGAAUGACCACCGGAGUGGGGCGCGGCGUGAUCCAAGGAAACCCGAUGCAACCCUUCCCCAUGCCUCCCAGACAGCAUCAACGGGCCGCUGAAUGGAUGCCAAGAAGGGAAGAUCUCAAGCUAGAAUACGGAGGGGAAUCAGCCGAACUGAACUUUUUUCUAAUUAGCAUCAGGGGAUACAUGGAAGACAAUGCACACACAUUCCCCUCCGAAGCAAGCAGGGUUCGGGCCAUCGGCAACACACUAAAGAGAGGAGCGGCCAGCUGGUAUGUGCAACUACAUGCCAGACAGGACCCAUGCCUGAGGUCAGUGCCCCGCUUCCUCGCCGCACUGGAAAACCGGUUCAGAGACCGGCUAGAGCAAUUGAGAGCUCGAGACCAGCUUAGAGGAAUAAAGCAGAGGGACAAAACGGUGCCCGAGUACGCAGAGGAAUUCCUCCACCUCGCGGAAAGGGUACCAGAGUGGUCUGAAGUGACCAAAGUGGAAUUAUUUAAAGAGGGACUACGCCCCGAGAUUUUCAGCUGGGCAGCGCACAGAGAUGACCCCGAAACGCUCCAGGGAUGGAUUCAACUAGCGGGGCGCGUUGAAUCCACCCUGGCCCAAGUAAAGCGCUUCAGGAGCAGCGGCGGCCAGCAAAGACCGGUGGCGAGAGGUCGAGGAGAAACGAGGAAGCAGGAAAGACCCGGAGGGAGGCCGGGGAUUCCCUCCAGAGGAGACGACAACAAACCUAAACCGGGAUGCUUUGUAUGUGGGAAGACGGGCCAUCGAGCAGCAGAAUGCUGGGCACGGAAGGGGGAGCCGCCAAAACCCUCAAAGCCCAAGCCAGCAACCGGGAGGCGUGCGGAGGAGGAGGUGCGAGCCCCAGAAUCUUCAGAAAAAUUGGCUUGUGAUGAAAGAAGAACCGAAGAGGAGGACGAAGAAAAGGAGGGCACCAUGUCAUGGAACCCAGUUACAGGGCUUUGGUAAUUCAGCCCUGUAACUGGGAGUCAUAACAUAAACAAUCCCAGGAGCACCUGGCAGAAGAAGAUAGAAUAUGCCUGGGAACUUGGGGCCGAAAGUAUAAACAAUUAUAAUUGGUUUAGUGUGUGAAAAUGGUAGUAAUGUGAUAUUGGGGGUGGGACUUGAUGAUGAUAUUUACGUGUGGUGUUACGUAGCAUCAAAAGUUAUAAAAAUAGUUGUAUGUAAACAUUGGGUCAUUCCUGACUUUUCCAAAGUCAUGUGUUCUUCAAUAAAGAUUGGAUUUGAGAGCAGCCAUC